AUUUGGUAACGGAGCCCUAAAAAGGCUAAAACCGCAGAGAGAGGCCUAUUUGAAAAUCGAUUUGGAAAGAAAGGCGUGUUUUAUACUUUUGCUCGCUCCCCUCCCUCCCUCUUGAAAGUUGAAAGGCAAACCGGUAUAUCCACAAGCGGAUGAGAGAGCGUGGAGCUUCAAGUCACUGCGAACUCAAAUCGGAAAAUUCACCGGUUCGGAGAAUAACGGAUCAACGGAGGCCUCGAUCUCGUAGUUAGUUAUCUUUCACUUUCACUGGAUCGUUAAUUGGACGGAAGUAUCAGCCAAAUAUUAGAUCGCACAAUCGCGUCAGAGAGGAUGGAGAAACAGGAGAGGCAGGUAGCGGAUGGGGAGAUGGAACCUAACGAGUCAAUUGAAGCAUCCCAUUUUGAUGAUUUGGAGACUUUUGCUGACGAGGACAUCAUGCAGCAGCAAUAUGAUAUUCAGGCGGAGGAGGCAGUCAAAGCUCCAUUCGUUGGUGACAAGGAACCUCUUUCUUCAUUAGCUGCUGAAUAUCAAUCUGGCAGCCCCAUUUUGCUGGAAAAGAUUAAGGUACUUGGGGAACAGUAUGCUGCCAUUAGGCGGGCACGUGGAGAUGGGAACUGUUUCUUUCGAAGCUUUAUGUUUUCAUAUCUCGAGCACAUUCUGGAUUCACAAGAUAAAGCAGAAGUUGCUCGGAUUAAGGAAAAUGUUGAACUAUGUAGAAAAACUCUUCAGAGCCUGGGUUACGCAGACUUCACAUUUGAGGAUUUUUUUCUCGGUAAGCCAAUUAUCUGCUUAUUCCUUGAGCAGCUGGACAGUGUCCUUCAGGGAAGCGAGACUUCAAUAAGUCCUGAUGAGCUCAUACUUCGUUGUCGGGAUCAGUCAGUAUCUGACUAUGUUGUAAUGUUUUUCAGAUUUGUUACCUCUGGUGAAAUAAGAAAGCGUUCUGAGUUUUUCGAACCCUUUAUAUUGGGAUUAGCAAAUUCAACUGUUGAACAGUUUUGCAAGUCAUCUGUGGAACCUAUGGGUGAGGAGAGUGAUCAUGUUCACAUUACUGCCCUGUCAGACGCACUGGGAGUGCCAGUCCGUGUAGUUUACCUAGAUCGGAGCUCCUGUGAUGCUGGUGGCAUGAGUGUUAAUCAUCACGAUUUUAUUCCUGCUACUGGCGAUCUCCCAAAUGCUUCUAGCGGUAACUCAGAGACCAUUAAGCCUUUCAUUACACUGCUGUAUCGCCCGGGGCACUAUGACAUUCUCUACCCAAAGUGAUAACUUCACCUUUUAUGGUAGAUCUAAGUUGUGGAUGGACUCAUCUUCACGGGAUAAAGGCCUGUAGUUCAUCUCUCUCUGUGCUGUAUUUUGCUGUUCAGUCAUUUCUAAACUUUGCAAGUGGGGACUUAAAAUGUCGGGACUAGUUUUUGAUUUCAAUUCUAUAAUGCAUCAUAUGAGCAGAGCAUGUACUCAUCACCUGGUCUUUGAUCGUUGCCAAAUUUGCUUCUCAAGAAACAAGUUUUCGACGUGCUUACUGGGUAAUUUGCAAAAA